AUGUAUAAAAAAGUCCACGAUAUGGACAAAAGAAAAGAGAGAAAAAAACAGCAGAAGGAUGUAAGAAGUUACGACUUCAAGAAAACGGGAAAGAUCUUCAAAUACAAGAAGAACGAUUUAAAGAAAAGGAGCUUCGGCCUCAAUAAAGACUGGAAAAAUAAAAUUAACAAUACAAAACCUGCAUGUGAUUUUGAGAACCAGAUGGACGCUGUUGUGGAAAAUAAAAUUAGCUUAAAAAAAACGGAUGAACAUUUUAUAGUCAACCUGAAGAAGAUGUACAAUGCAAACCACUCCUGGUUCUCCCUGAAAAAAAACCUGGAAUAUAUUGUAUCGAAAUAUGUUUUGAAAAAAAAAAAAAAACCAAAAUACGAUGAUAUAAAUUUCUAUUUGAAGAAGAUGCGGAGGAGGCGGAAAAAAAAGGAGAAGUCGACAGAAAUUGAGGAAGAAACUCUUGUUCAUGAGAACGACGAGCAGAAGUACCACCAACCGGCAAGGACUCAACAAAAAUUGCUUUUUCUAAACUCGGAGGAUAUAAUCUUCCAGCUUGAUGAGGAGACCAAAGAAAUUGUACUAAACAACAAAAUAUGGAAAAGUAAAAUAAAGCAGCUAUUAAAAAAGAAAAUAUCCGCUUGUGAGGAAAGGAAUAAUGUUGCUAGUCCAAAUGAGGAUGAUUUUACGGAGAAGUCCUGGACGAUCGAUUACUACGAUAUUCCAGUUUGUCUGCGGAAGCUGUACGAACUUGGAAACGAGUACAGGGAUAGCAGCAACUAUGGUGUUGGCGCGAAUAAUGCCAAUAGUGGCGGCAGCCCUAGCAAUCACUACCACCGAGGGAGCAAAAUGAUGCUGAAACUGCUGCUAAAGAGGAAGGUAAGCAUGAGCAGUGUGUACAACUUGCUUUACGACAUUGGCAUAAAUUUAAUGUGCGAAUAUUACAAAAUUUACGUGGAAAAAUAUUCAGAAGAUGAAGAAAAGAUCCAUCUCGAAAUUAUAAACAACAAGAGCAAUAUAUUCAGCGAUCGAAUUAAUAACAUGGUUGUGUUGUUUAAGAAAAAUCCACUAGUAUACAUUCUGUAUGUAAAAAUUUUGCUAGAUUAUUAUAAAAUGAGGGAAGAUAUAUUCAUAAGGAAAUCCAUUUUGGAGUGUUUAAAACAUGUGUUCAUGUUCAUUCUUCCAAAUGAUAGCUUAGAAUCUUUGGAAGGAAAUAACAGAGAGGUUAUUAAUUAUAUUUUAAAUGUUUUAUUUAACCGAUUCAACUUUAAAGAAUAUAAUUUCUCAUCCUUCUAUUUCUUCCUGAAUUCGUUACUGUACGUAUACGCCCUUGAAAUUUUCACGAAGAAACUAUUCCUACAGUACAUUUUNAUUUUGAAGAAUGCAGUAUACAGCUCAAUACCGAGUAUCUUCUUCGUGUCAGUAAACAAUAUAAAAGAAUUUUGUUUAAAAAAAAAAGAGAAUAAAUUUGCAAAUCUGAACAUCCUUCUUGAGGGGUACUUAUCAAUUAAAAAGGGAAAUCCACUGCUUCUAAACACCCUCAAAUAUAUAAUAACCAUAGAACGUAUGCAACACUAUAUCGUUUUUUACAUGUUCGAACAAUUAUUAUGCAACUUAAGAUCCUGUGUUGAGCAUAUUGUGGAGUCCUUAAAAAAUGGAGACAAGGAGAAUUUUUUAAAUAAAAAGUUGAAGAACGAAAUUGUCAACAUGAACAGGUCAUUGUUCAUUCUAUACAAAAUUAAGAGUAACUCUUUUAAUGACGUCACAGAAAAUAUCAUCUAUUUUACGACCUACAUUUUUGAGAUGUUUUCGAAGAAUGUUUUCGAACUUUUCGAUAAGAGAAAUAUCCUUCUCAAAGAAUGGAGCAUAGAAAAAAUGAGCUACAUUAAAUAUACCCCUAUGGAAGUGGAAAAUUGCGAAAGUGGGAAAGCGCCAAAGGAUGACUUGAGGUGUGCUGCUGAUGGGAACCUGGGGGAUAACCAAUCAGUGUAUGGGAUUUGCCAGGUUCCCCCCCCCAACUUAUCUAGAAGGAGCCAACCAGAAAUGGCUCCAACGAAUGGCGAAUUCUCCACGAAGGAGGAAGAGUCCAAUUGGAGCAAUGGAAGCACGACGAAGCUUGUGGGUGUGCCUAGCAACAGCCAGUCAGUGCCCAGCGAUAAUUCCUCGGCCAUCGGGGCUAGUACUAGAGAGACGAACGUGAUUAGUGGAGAGGAAUUCCGGGAAGGCAGUGAAGAGCCCCUUGGAGAAGGGGACAACAAAGUCGGGAAGGAGGUCCAAAGGGGAGUGCAAAAUGGUGCCCCCAAUAGAGCCCAAAAUGGUGCCCAGAAUGGUGCCCAAAAUGGUACCCAAACGGGAGCCCCCAAUAGGCACUCCCGCGGAAGCAAACACCUUGACCGUCAUAAAAAAAUGGCGGACGACUGCACCUUCCACGAGCACUGCCUGUACGGAUACCUGAGCAAAACUACCCUGAAGGUGCUCUCCAGUAUCCUUGUGAACAACAUCUACUUCAUCAUUUACAACAGGUGCAUUAUGUUGAAAAGUCAGAACAGCACCGUAGGAGGGAUCGAGAAGGCAGCAGAGGAGAAGUACCUGCACAGCUUAAACAUUCUCUCCUUGUUAAAAAUAAUAAAAAGUGUGGAGUCCUACAAAAUAAAAAUUAAUUUCCUCAUCAUCAUGUUCCUGCUUCUGUAUUCAUCAAAUCAAAUAGACGAUAAUAUCUACUGCUAUUUUUAUAGCAUCUUAAGAAAUAUAAAUUAUUAUGAAAGUGAUCACACGUAUAAUUUCUUUGGACUGCUAACAGUACUAAUACUUACGGACAGAAAUUUAAUCAGAAAUGUUAGCUUUAUAAAACGAAUUUUUCAACAUAGCAUUCAUGCAAAGGAACCAUGGACCCAUUUAUUCUCCCUCAUGAUGAUACGUUAUUUAGUUUUAAAAAAAAACAUCCUCAUGAAAUUUUUGUUUAAUGAUGAAAAUAGUUUAUAUACACAAAACUUGGAUAAUGUCAAGAAUGCCUACAUGAUAAAGUUUAACAAAUAUCACAAAGGGGAAAAAAAUCUAAUCGUCAAUGAUAAAGUGUUCCUUUACAAUAAGUCAAUAAAUAAUCCUCUGGAUGCAAAUUCUAUACUAACCCAUUUUUAUGAGUUUUACACAUUUUUCUUCCCUACUGAAUGAAUGGUUAGUGAGGACAAACCAGACUCGAAUGAGGGUGGUUCCUUUGAAAAUCCCCCCUCUGAAGGGAAAAACCCAGAAGAGAAGGCUCCUCUUCAUAACGCCGGAGAUGGAAAGGGCAAUGGCGACGAUGAUAAUGACGAUAUAGUAAUUAACGUCAAGACCAAUUGGAUGUGGAGGAGGAAUAAACAAAUGAGUGGUGCUACGAACGGUUUAGCCCCCACCGUGCCGGCUCCGAUCCCCCCUCCACCAAGCAUGAACGAAACGACGAUUAACAACAAAGAUGAACCACCCCCCAGUUUACAUGAUUCGUCUUUUGGCUAUCCAUAUAUGUACCGCUACGAAACGAAGGACGUCAUUAACAUCCUGGAUAAGCUAUCAGUAGAAUACAGAAGCGCCCAAGAACAAGUGAACAUGCUCAAUAUUUUUAACAAUUUUAUUCACGACGCUUGCAUCAACGAGAAAAGAGAAAAAAACGAUCAAAUGAAAACGCCGGAAAUGUUUAAAUUAAUGAAGAACCCAUACCAGAAAUAUUUUUACGAUAUUCUGAACGUAUAUAAUAACAAUAGUUUUAAAAAAUUUAAGGAUAAGUAUCAAAUUAGAAGAAAGAAGCACGUCGAUGAUGUGAGUGGUGCUCGGGGAACGUCCGAAGAUGACGAUGAUGCCACGGGGUCAGUCCUGGAUGAAGAACGGGAGGAAGACGAAUUCCUGGAUGAUUACAUAAACAAAAAUUUUGACGUAGGCAAAGACCUAGACGAUGAUGCAUUUUUUUCUUAUCAGAUGACAAAAAAAAUAAAAAAAAGGGAAAAUAGUGAACAAGAUAAUUUUUCGAAGGACAAAAAUUUAAAGAAUAUUUCCAAAAACAAAAGGAAGCAACAAGCUGACGCUCCUGCGGAUGACGUGAUGGAAUUUUCAGAUUUCGCCAAGCUAAAAAGGAAGAAGAAGAAAAAGGGCGAAUAA